UGUAGCUUAGCGGCAGAGUGCUUGUGUAGCUUGCACAAAGCCCUGGGUUCAACCCCUAGCACUAGAGAACGGCAGUAAUAGUAAUUAUUUUGCUUCUCUACUUUUCCAGAAGUAUGUAUUAGCAAACAGCUAAUUAGCAACCCAGCUUGAAUGAAUGGGCAGAGAGGCGCUUGGCAGAGGAUGCCCCUUGAUGAGUAGGGAAAAUAAUCCUCGAUGUUCACUGUCUGCUGGGAAGAGCCAGGGCCCUCCACACUGAGUCUCUCUGCCCGGAUGUCUCCCUCGGGCAGAUGUCUCAAGCUCCCCAGUUAGCAUUUCUCUGGAACUCUCACAGGCCGCUCCCCUUGAUGCAAUAGCUGGGUUUGGGCAGAAAGGGUGCUGCAGAGUACGCCCAUUCUGAGCAUUUGGGCCAGCUCCUCUUUCCAGAACAAUUCAAGCUCCAUUGCAGCUCUGACCUCAGCACCAACAUCUGCUUCCUGAAGCAAGAUGGCUAGGAUGGAUAGAAAACUUCACUCUGGAAGGAAGCAAUGACUUGGGUCCACUAAGUUUGCCGGAGACCCUCACCCCAGACACAGGCCAGCACAGUGGUUCUGCGAGGAGUCUGGACAAGUCUUGCCAUGUGGCUUUUCUGCAUCUUGAUCUCCUGUUUUCUCACAGGCAGAGUGGCCCUGCUGCCUGCCCCACAGAACUUAACUGUACUGUCAACCAACAUGAAGCAUCUCCUGAUGUGGAGUCCAGUGGCCCAGCCCAGGGAGACAGUGUCCUAUUCUGUGGAGUACCAAGGGGCGUAUGAGAGCCUGCACACGAGCCACGUCUGGAUCCCCAGCAGCCGGUGUUCACCGACCGACAGUCUGGAGUGUGACGUCACUGAUGACAUUGCUGCCACAGUACCAUAUAACUUCCGGGUCAGGGCCAUGCUGGGCUCACAGACUUCAGCCUGGAGCACUCUGGAGCCCCCCUUCAAUCGAAACUCAACGGUCCUCACCCCACCCAGUAUGGUGGUCACUGAAUACGGCUUGCAUCUGGUUAUUAAGCUGGAAGACCUGGGGCCCCUGUUUGAGUUCCUUGUGUUCUACUGGAGGAAGGAGCCUGAUGCCACGGAGCAUUUUAAGGUGGUGAAGAGUGGGGACAGUCCACUGCACCUAGGAACCAUGGAACCAGGGGCCACGUACUGUGUGAAGGCGCAGGCGUGGGUGAAUGCCAUUGGGAGGCACAGCGCCUUCAGCCAGACUCAGUGUGUGAAGAUGCAAGGAGAGUCCCUCCCGCUGGCCCUGGCGCUGGUCGCAUUUGUUGGCUUCAUGCUGGUUCUAAUGGUUGUACUGUUCUCCAUCUGGAAGAUGGGCCGGCUGCUCCGCUACUCUUGCUGCCCGUCCGUAGUCCUCCCCGACACCCUGAAAAUCACCAGUUCGUCUCAGAAGCUGAUCAGCUGCAGACAGGAAGAGGUGGACACCUGCGCUGUGGCCCCGCUGUCCUCGGAGCAUCUUUUCGGGGUCUGGUUGCUCCAACAUUGCAAAUAAGACUGGGUGAUUGCCAGGUAGCCAGUUGUCUCUGUCGUCUACUGCACGUUUUGGAAGCUGCUUGCCUCUUCUGAUUUAGCCAAGCCAUUGCUAAUACAAGACUUAGACUCCUUAGGAUAGAAUGAUUAUUGAAUCAUUUAGCAUAUGUUCCUUCCUUAAUAUUGUUUAUACUGGUUGUACUUCUAAUUUUUAUACUUGAUAUCUGUUUUUAUUGUAUAUAGUUUUGUAUUGGGUUUGGAACUCUUUUGUUUAGAAAAAAGGGGGAGGUGAUGGCGAACCCCCUCCAGCCAGUGGCCUCUGAGAGGCUGGACCAGUUUGAGGUACCAGAAAGCUGCGGUCCCACCCUGCUCUGCCUCUUCUUCCUGUGAGCCACUCCCGGAUGUUGACCCCAUUCCUAUUUCCUUGUUGUAAUAAGUGAGUUCACUUUUAAUAAAG